GUUGAGGUUAGUGGAUAUCUUUGACAUCUGCGGGCUCUUAUACAGACCCGAAUCUGAGAGGAUGGAUCUACUUUCCAGGCAGCACUACAUUCCUCAUGACUCAUAUAUCCCAUAAAAGAGGCAUGGUCGAUUCUGCUAUCAUGCAUCAUCGUCUUAUGAUGUUCUUGCCUACAUGAUAGUUGAGGAAGCUAACCGACAAGUAAAUCACUCGUUAGUACAUACAUAAGUGAGCUUAAGUCGAUUAAGCCAUUCCAAGCUUUCUCAAGUUCUACCUUUUUACCAUCCGAUCACUGAUCAGCUUUCAUCCAAUACAAUGUCAAGAUUAAACGUCCUGGUCGUGGGCGCUUCCAUAGCAGGUCCCACAACAGCAUACUGGCUUGCAAAAGCCGGAGCAAAUGUCACCAUCAUCGAAAGAUUCCCAUCACUACGUCAGAACGGGCAGAACAUCGACAUACGAAAUGUUGGCGUCACCGUGAUGCGAAAGAUGAAAGGAAUGGAAGCCGCCGUCAAAGCUCGCUUAGCACCGAUCGAUGGAUUCAGCUGGGUUGAUGCGAGUGGAAAACCUUUUGGGACCAUGACACCGAGCGGAGAUCCAAACGAACAGACUCUCGUUUCUGAAUACGAAAUUUAUCGCGGCGAACUAUCGAACAUCUUGUACGAAAUGACCAGGAGUAACGAGAGAAUCAAAUAUGUCUUCGGCGAACAAGUCGCUUCUAUACAACAGAACAACAACGGACCCGUUACCGUCGAGUUCGCGAAUGGGCUUCUACCAGUCUCCACAUUCGAUCUCAUCGUCGCCUGUGACGGCGCAACCUCCCGGACUCGAGCGUUAGGUUUCGAAUGCGGAGUUCGCGAUCACAUCACCCCCAUGAACUCCUGGGGCGCUUACUUCACUAUCGACGGGGAUCUUCUGAACGGUGGGAGGUUGGGAGAAUCCUUCAACACACCGGGAGGUCGCUUCCUCGCAAUUGGACCCCGUCCGUCCGGAAAAACGACUCAAGGUCUGCUUAUGGCGAUCAAUCCCCAGAAUGGACCUGAUUUCUCGACACCUUUCCGCCAGGCGUCCAAACAAGGGGACGAGGCGCUGAAGCGACACGUAUACCAGCACUUCCAGGGCGCAGGCUGGAAGACCGAUGAGAUUCUCAAAGGAAUGAUGGAGGCAGAGGAUUUCUAUGCUUCGGAAUUCGUCCAAGUCAAAUUACCUCGAUUAUCUAAAGGGCGAUUCGUCGCCGUUGGUGAUGCAGGCUAUGGGUCGAGUUUUACGGGGACGGGGACGAGUCUCGCUCUGGCAGGCGCGUACAUGUUAGCGGGAGCGGUUUGCCAGCACAAAGAUGACCUCGGAAUGGCACUGCAGCGGUACGAAGAGCGGAUGAAGCCGCUGCUUGAUGAUAUGCAGAAGAGUCCCCCGGGUGUUCGAGAAAUGAUGGCCCCACAAACUGCCUGGGGGCUGUGGCUCAGGAAUACUAUUAUUGCUUGGGUCACCUGGAGCGGCGUCUUGAAAUGGGGCGGUAAAUUCUUCGCAAGUUCAUUCAGCGAGGAUAAGUAUAAUCUUCCCGAUUAUGAUUGGGAAUCGUAGGCAUGUUUGAGUCAAUACGAAGGCUGUGAUGGGACCAGUCUUGACAUGAAUCACAACUUGAUCACUAUCUUCUCGCCUGCCUAUUUUCAGAUUUGUAUUAUUAGACCCUUUAUUGAGAUACCUGUAAGCGUUUCAGAUAGAUUUAGCUACAUCACAAUUGAAAACCCUUCACCAACU